UGUUUAACACGUCUCAUAAAUGGUGGCUUGCUUGAAAAUUCCAAUCUUUGCCCAUUUAAUUUUUCAAGCUUUGAUAUCGUACAGUCUCUUGAUUACCAUCUUAAAAAUAAACCUUGUUAACGGAAUAGUCCGAGAAAUUGAUUUGUUUUUGUCCAAGGCGGUAUUUGGUUUUGAGCAAGUGAAGAGUCCAGAAUUUGAAUUUGAAUUUGAUUUUAUAUGGUUGAAGUUGGGUUCAUCCUUUUAUCUUCACCUCAUAGAGAGGGAUCCCAAUUCAAAACUUCCCGAAGGACCAUGGAGUGCCACAUCAGCAUUGGCAGACCCCAAGAAUCUCCCCAGAGGUCACCAUAUCUGCUUCUCUGUGUACAAUUUCGACUCCUUUAUUCAGAGCCUUAAGCAGGAAAAAGGAAUUGAGGUAUAUGAGAGGGCACACCCAGAUGGAAAGACCAAGCAAGCAUUUUUCUUUGAUCCAGAUGGGAAUGGACUGGAGGUCUGUAGCCAGAGCUCCGUUCAAUAAAUUUGGUGCCCGUCUAAAUGCUGGAUAUACAUGCUUGUCUGUGUGGUGUAAUGCAACCAUUAAAGCCCAUUGGUUGUUACGUAGUACAUCUUGAAUGGCAAACUACUUUAUUUAGGGGUAUAUGAAUACCUAUUUUGGUGUCUUUUGGUCAUCAAAUUUGCUGUACCAUAGUUUAUCUUCAGGAAAGAAAUAUGUUGUAAUAAAUGGCCAUGGUUAAUCUAUAGUUAUUGUAGUAUGAAAUUUAUUGAGACGCAUUGGUAAGGUGGAGUAUUAAAUAAGAAGGAAGUGUUAAAAAUUUCAUUCA